UUAAUGAAGCAAUUGGUGUAUAUUGACCCUAACCUCAUUGGGCAUGCAUUCAAAUGAAUAAAUUAAACGUUAUCACCACUAUCAGGACGCCAACCGACAGUGAACGAGUGGGUGACUAUCGCCGCCUCCUGCCAUCAUUGAGUACGACGCACAGUUCACGGUAUUCAGACACAGUAUUCAGCGUAUGUGUUAGUAGCUCAGUGUUGAUAAAUUUUUUUAAAACGAUUAAGGCAGUGACAAACAAAAAUAGAAAAAUAAAAAUCUUUUUGUGUGGUGUCAAAGUGAUACGUGUCAACUAAUCAGCCAACACGUUGUUUAUAAUUAUUGCAACUAAUUGCGAUAACGUAUAAACUAAAUUAUUUGAAAUUAUAUCAAAUCCAUAAUUAUGGAGACAAUAAGUGUAAAGAAUCCUAUAAAUUUAAAAGUGGUAAAGUUUGAAUUAGACUUUAGCACAUUACUUGUUGAUGAUAUAUCAACAAAAUCACAUAAAAGGGCCAAGAAAACUUCAAUGCCGGCAAUAACAAGUAGAAAACCAUCUAUAGUACCACCACCGCCAACAAUCAAGAAAUGUGUCCAGAAACGAGAUAUACGAAGCUUAGUAGAGGAUCUUCUGGAUGAAAUCUAUGCGGACCGGCGAGACUGUCUAAAUCAAAGCACUGUUAACUAUAGCCGUGGAUCUACAUCGGCGGCAUCUUUGACGUCAUCACAAUCAAAUUAUGUGGAACAGACAGAAGCUAUUGAACGAAAUUAUUUGGAAGCAUUAGAUAUACAAGAGCUAAGGAAACAAACAGAACAAUGGGAGGAGAGGUUGCUGUAUACGGGUGAACGGUUAGCUAAAUUUGUGAAGCUCCGAGACCGACUGCGGCGACAACAGAAGCGGCUGUGCGCUGCGUUCACGGUCCUUCUUCGGCACAUAACCGGCGAAAAUGGCGCGCGUUUCGGUGUGACACCGGGCGGCGAUGGCGAAGGCCCUGGCGAGGGCGGGUACGCGGAGUGGCUGCACGCGAUGCGCCUCGUCGCGCGCCUGCCCGCCGGCGUGCCGCACCACUUCAGGAAAAAAUUAUGGUUGACAUUGGCGGAGCGGCAUCUGACGGCGAGAGCGAUAGACUGGUCGACGGCGGAAGGCGCCUGCUUCCGUGGCACAGCUCAGCCUGAUGACGCGGAGCUAGGGGCUCAGAUUAUAAAAGACCUGCACCGUACCGGUUGUUCUUUGUUUUGCGGUACUGAAGGUCGAGAAAAUCAAGCCAUGCUCCGCAGAGUUUUGUUGGCUUAUGCAAGAUGGAAUAAGGAAGUGGGUUAUUGCCAAGGUUUCAAUAUGUUAGCAGCAAUAAUAUUAGAAGUUAUGGAUAAAUCCGAAUCGGAUUCAUUAAAGGUUAUGAUAUACCUAGUCGAAGCGGUAUUGCCUGAGGGCUACUUCGCCGACGAUCUGCGAGGUUUGUCAGCUGAUAUGGCGGCGUUCAGAGACCUGCUAAGAUUGCGAUUGCCGCGAUUAGCUCAACACAUGGACUAUCUGCAGAAAAUAUCUGACGGCGGUGGCGUAGAACCUCCAUUACCAGACGUGUUCACAAUGCAGUGGUUCCUCACAUUAUACGCGACGUGGUUACCACGUGAGUCUCUGCUCAGGAUAUGGGAUCUGAUACUGCUCGACGGCAAUGAAAUAUUACUGCUGACGGCAUUAGCUAUUUGGGACAUGCUGCAGGAUCGGAUUCUGUCAGCUCGAUCGGCGGAUGAGUUUUAUAGCUGCAUGGGCGGCGGCGCCGGCGCAGUGUGGGAGGCUGGAGAAGCGUUGGUUGCGAGAGUUGUCGCAUUUGGUUCAGCACCAGAACUACCGCGGCUGCGAAGUCUCCAUCGGUAUAGGGUGGUGCCCCCGGCGCCCCCGACCACCGCGCCGGUGUAUCAACCUCCAUUACAUUCCGCGAUGCAAUCAAUGACCAAAAGAGGUUUACGGUUAUUUUAUUCUGAAGACGAAGGAGAUUCGAGUGACGACGGAAAUAAAAUGGCUUUAGCAACGGUGAUACCUAGACGUGAAAGUCGUUUGGGAGCCGGCGACAGACUCUCUUUGGAUAUUGGUGCUCUCAAAAGGCAGUAUGCACGACUCCGCGAGCGACAACGUCAGGCUCACGUAAUUUUGGCAGCCGCUUGUGCCCGACACGCUGCAGUUGGUGUUCCCACGUCACCGACUUCUCUCACCGUUAAUAAUUUACUUUUGGGAAAAAGUGCGAUCGUAAGUUCUCGUGGACGUCGACUUGGUCCUCCCCCUGGUGCAAUCCCACCAUCAAGAACUUCAUCAUCGCAUGAUAAAGUAGAACCCCGAGCACACGGUACUUCUCAUGAAACUAUUAGUUGGAAAGAAGAAAAACGACGCAAGUCAUUAAGUAGACGAAACUCUGUUAAAUGGAGAGACCUUAAAAAGGAAAAAGUUUUCGAAAAAUGCAGAAAGGCGUCCAUAGAUUUAGAAGAAUCAGGAGAUGGUAUUAUAGUUUCUGAAAUUGAAGCCAAUGAGAUGAUAGCGUCGUUAAGAUCACGAAGUUCGAGUGAAACCUCCACGUACUCCUCACGCAGUGCAUCCAGUACUGACACAAGUCUCUGCGAUGAGAAUGCACGUGCUAGCGAUUCAGAACAAGAACUAUCUGAUGAUGAAAAGGAUAAAGGUAAUAUUACUCUUAAAACUACAACAAGUGAAUUUUUAACAGCACCUGUCUUACGAGAUACAAAAAUCUCAUAUUCUCCUACCUUAACGGAAACUACAGUUCCACAAAGUCCUGAAAUUGAACGAGAAAUACACAAGACAUCCACCACAAAUUCCAUAAAGUCGAUAAGCGAUUAUCUAGAUUCCGCUGCUGGCGAACCUCUACGCACAUAUAUUGAUGGAUUUGAUACACAGUGGAAAAAUAAUUCGGCGCUAAAAACUGAAAAUGAUAAAAAUAAAUCAAAUGCACAGGUGACCAAUUCUCUGUGCUUAAGUCCUGAUAAAGAUAAUAUUCUACAAUCGUUAAAUAAGUCCAAAUAUGAUGAUAAUUACAGCAGUACAGACCUAAUACGACCAACCAAUUUUCCAAAAAUGACGAAUAAAUUUACAGAUUUAAGUCCCAUAGACUUAUCUCCUUGUAAUUACACCAAGUCGCCUUAUGAUUACGACUUUGUAUCUAAUAUUAAACGAUCAUCAAUUUUGGAUAUUACAACGGCCUCAAGACCGCCUGAUAUAAUCGAUAGCUUUACUAUGUAUCCGAAUUUUGUACCCGAUAUAGAUUUAUCUGAAAAAAAUAUAUCAGAUGUUGAAAGUCCAUUAAGAAGUCCUGGUGCUGAAAGUAUAAUCGUUAGUGAAGAUGAGCCACCUAUCCCAUUAAAGAUUGACAAAUAUUUCGAACAUAGUCCUGAAUUUUUUGGUGCGCGUGUCACCGACCCCAACAGUUCUGAUAUUCCUAAUAGACGUUCUAUGAAACGCCUUUCACGGCAACCUAAGAAACCAGACUCCCUUACAUUGCAUAGUAGUCAAAAUGAUAAGUUGUUGAAAGAAGAAGCAGAGAGAGCAUCUUCACUGCCACAAAGCCAUAGUUUUAUGAAAAAAAUCAACGAUGACACAGAAAUCUUACAAAUUGUCAAAAAGGAAGCGUCAAUUUCAAUGUCAACUAAAGAGAGUGAACGUUGUGUAUCCCCAAAAGAAUAUACUUUAAAUACGGGACGUAAAAAUAGUGAAAGAGCAUUACAAAUCAUUCAAGAAAAUUCAAAAAUUUUAAGCAGAAUACUGACUAAGCAAAGUGCAUCUGAUGCAAGUAAAUAUGAAUCCAAUAAAAGUAUUGGAAUUGUUCUAGACAAGCCAGUGACUGCUCUUCGUAGCCCUAUUCCUGAAAAACCGAUCGAAAACAAAUUAAUUGAUUCUCCUUUACUUAAAGAAUCAACUUCAGACUCUUUGAUAGGCUAUAGAAAAAGAAACCCUAAAAAUAAUAAUACCGAUAAUAAUGACUUUGUUAGAGUCAGGCCUAUAUCUAUUGAUGAUCCAUUUUCUUUGGAAUCACGUAAUUUAAUAUUAAGAAAUAAUGAUUUUAAAUCUUCCAAAACUCCAAGCAGUGAAUGUAUCGGUAACAAAACAGAUUUAUAUGGAUGGGAAAAUAAAGGUUUUUUAGCAAACUGUGAAACUAAACGUUUGUCUGAUAAACAAAGUCCAGAAAAGAGCUACGAAUACGAUUUCAAUAGAAGGGACAGUAAUUCAUCCAAAAAUUCUGAUGUUACAGGUGACUUUAAAACGGUCAGUUCGGAAUGGUCUCGAAGAUCUUUUUCGGGUGAUUCUAAAAUAUCGGUAACGUUGCCCUCUACAGAGGUUAAAGACACAUCUACAUACGAACGACGUUACACUUCUGAAGAUUAUAACUAUCCAUUUUCGACUAAGUACGAUGAUCUAGUUUCCUCCAAACCCAAUAAUUUAUGCGGUAAGGUUAUUGAUCAGGAAACAAAAAUAUGUGAAAAUUUAUCUAAGACUGAAAACAGCCAAACUAGUGAGUUUGCUCAUGUCACAACAUCAAUAAGCUAUACAUAUGAACCCUCUGCGGAAGAUGAUUCUACGGGAGCAAAAAGUAAUUCUAGUGAUACAUUAUGUCAAAUUACGUCAUUAGAUCAAGUAUCUACACCAAUUUCGCCUAAAGCGUUUCCAAGUAGAGAUGCUUCCGUUAUACCUAGAGAUUACGUUGAAAAAAGUGAUAAAACAAAAAUAGACUCUGAUGAUACCUGUAGCGCUAUUACUUCCUUAUUAGAGACCGAUACUUUAUCUUCACUUUCAUACCCCCGUAGCCCUUCUACAGGAUCUUAUCACCCAUUUCCUACGCGCCCAAGUAUGCGUAUGCCCAAAGAAAUAGGGGUAAAGUUGGGUAUGUAUCCCAAAGACGUACUAAGCUCUCCUCCAAAAUAAAUUAGCAAUCAUUCUUGCCAUAAUACACGCCCUCUUAAAAGCAUAUUUCUAUUUAAAAGCUAUGUUAGCUUUUAAUGAAAUAUGCGAGUAAAUCAUUUUAUUCACUACCCAUUUGUAUUAUGUACCACUAUUGUAAAUCACGUAAAUUGUUAUUGUUAUAAAUCGUGAUUGUUUGUUUAAUCUGAACUUGGCAAUAAAAAUAUUACUAUAUACUUACCCCCUUAUUCAUAAACGUUUUUUAUCUAAGGUCGGAGUAAAGCUGUGAUAACAAGCCUGUU